AUGCAUUUUGCUCUGCCUUCAUUCGUUAGUACAGUUCGUCUGCGACAUAAAAUCGGAAGCAAGAUCAGAAAACUAUGUGGUAGAUUAACUGAGAUAGAGAAUGACCACCUUGUAUUAACUUUAUGCCACUUGAGACCAUAUGACCAAGAAGACAAGACUACUGUCAACAUAAGGCAGACUUCGCCGCUGAUUGAUCUUGAUGUUGUCGGCACAGAGAUUGAGGAUAGCACAAGAAAAAUAGUUAAUACAAUCUUUUCACAUGAGGAUAACUUCAAAGUUAUUGCAGUAACUGGAAUGGGAGGGAUUGGUAAGACUACACUAGCUCAGAGGGUUUAUAACCACGUGAAAAUUAGAAAUUUCUAUCCUACCGCCAUAUGGAUAUGCGUUUCACGGAAGUUCUCUGAGGUGGAAUUAAUACAGGAGAUAAUCCGGCAGGCACGAGGAGACUAUGGACAGGCCAAAACAAAAGCUGAACUUCUACCGAUCAUGGCCAACACAGUAGCCCAUAAAUGCUUAUUUCUUGUUCUAGAUGACGUUUGGAGUGUAGAUGUGUGGAAUGCAUUGCUCUGCACUCCCUUGCAUAUUACUUCCAGGUGCGGAUGUGUCCUAGUAACCACUAGGCAUCAAGAUGUCGCAAGAGGUAUUAAAGCAGUGUAUACUCAUGAGGUUCAGAAGUUACACACCAGUUCAAGCCUGGAGCUACUUUGGAAGAAAGCAGGGGUGGAUAGAAAGAAAGAUGUUGACAUGUUGAUGAAAAUAGGGAAAGAAAUUGUUCAAAAAUGUGAUGGUCUUCCCCUUGCUAUCAAACUGAUUGGUAGUCUCUUGGCAAGGAAGGAUAAGAAUCCAAGACAAUGGAGCGAUGUUCUUAGAAGAAGAUUAUGGAACAUGAAGGAGCUACCAGGAGAGCUGAAAGAGGCAUGGGGUGCCCUAUACUUGAGUUACGACGAUUUGCCACCACAUCUAAAACAAUGUUUUUUGUCCUUGUCACUCUUUCCUGCAGAUUAUGAUCUUGCUAUUUGGGAUCUGCGUGCACUAUGGGUGGCUGAAGGAUUUUUACACCCAAAGGGGCAGUUCAUACCUGAGGAACUGGCUGAACAUUGUUAUGCCGAGUUAGUAAGUAGAAGCCUCUUGCAGCCAGUUGCCCUCUACGCUGACCAACGUAAAUGCAGAAUGCAUGAUCUUCUCCGGUCUCUUGCUCAAUAUCUAUCACGAGGUGAAAGCUGGUAUGGAGAUCCAAGAAAAAUGGAUGCCUAUUCCAUGUCAAAACUUCGCCGCUUAUCCAUUCUUAUGGAUGAAGAGGUAGAGGAGGAGGCAGUUCCCCUCGCACGAUCACAGGCAAAGAAUUUAUCCUUGAGGACGCUGAUGUUGCUGGAGGGAACUUCAAUCUUUCAAAAGGAAGCAAUGUUCACUUUUCCAUGCCUUCGGGUAUUGGUCCUCAAUGGUAAAGGGAUCAAGAACCUUCCAAGCACCAUAGGAAGUGUACUUCACUUGCGCAUGCUUAAUCUCAAUUAUACUAGCAUAGACAGCCUACCAACAUCCAUUGGCUCUCUAAAGAACCUGCAGAUCUUGUAUCUAAUAAGAUGCUUGUGUUUGCAUAGCCUUCCUGCUAGUAUCACUCAGCUUCAUGACCUCAGAUGUCUUGGUCUCAAUGGUACUCCUGUGACACACGUUCCAAAAGGAUUGGGAAAACUGAAACUUCUCAAUGACAUUGGUGGAUUUGUGGCAGGUGGGCACAAAACAUGUGGCACCGAAUUGCAGGAAGGAUGGGGCUUGGAAGAGCUAGAGCCUUUGGCCCAACUAAGGUGGCUUUCCAUAACUAGGCUGGAGAGAGCAAUGAUCUCGACAACAAUGCUCAAAAGCAAAUGCUUCCUUAGGCACCUGAUCUUGUCAUGUUCUACUAUGCUAUAUGAGAAAUCAUCUUUUGCAGAGGUCAGUACAAUUGAGGCCAUCUUUGAGGAGCUGUUCCCACCACCUUCAUUGGAGAAGCUACAGCUAAUCAACUUUCAUGGGAAAAGCUUUCCAGGAUGGCUCAUUUCUUCCUGUAUGGAAACCAAUCUACCUUGCAUAGAAUAUAUACAUCUCAUCGGUUGCUCCUUUUGCACACAACUUCCACCAUUUGGACAACUGCCCCAACUGAGAUACCUCAAUAUUGAGGAUGCAUUAGCCAUUGUUAAAAUUGGCAGAGAGUUUAUUGGCAUGCAUGUAGUUUCAGCCGCCUUCCCGAAGCUUGAAUACCUUACAUUCAAUGGAAUGCCCAAUUGGGAAGAAUGGUCAAUGACUGAGAAUGAAGAACAAGAACCUCUCAUGGAACUAUUAUCAAUGCCUCAUUUGAUUGAGCUUCAGGUCUUGGGUUGCCCAAAGUUAAGAGCUCUUCCGAAGAGUCUGCAAAAUAUCACAAGCAUCCAAACUAUUGGUAUCACUAGAUCCCAUCAUCUCACUUGUAUUAGGAACUUCCCUUAUCUGCAUAAACAACUUGUUAUUGAGAAGAGUAGUGGACUAGAAAUAAUCUCUAACCUCCCUACUCUGAAUAAGCUGAUCAUAACUGACCUGGUCGCACUGAAGCAUAUUGAACAUUUGCCUGCACUUCAAUAUCUGGAGUUAUGCAGUGGUUCAUUGGACAAACUACCAGAAUGGUUGCAAGGUCUUGCUCGCACAAAUCAAAACCUCGCAAAUGACUUCCACCUGACAUUGAGAUGCACCAUCACUAUGAUGCAAAGAUGUGUGAGAGAGGGCCCAGACUGGACUACCAUCAGGUGUUUUCCACAUGUUACUGCCUACACACAUGACAGGUCAGCAGUAUUGGAAUACAACCAGAAAACUGGGUAUUAUUUCACCAACCUACAAUAG